AUGUUUACGAAAGGCUAUAGUAUCAAAUACAAUACAGAAACUUCUCUAAAUGCUGUUAACGACAUGACAACCUUUACGCACGCUAUCAAAGAAUAUGCUCCGAAAGAAACUAAGAUUCCCUUCAAAGGAAAUUCUUUAGCACUAUACGAUGAUGACAGCAAAUUCAUUUUUUGCAGUGUUGAAGGUCGUGUUGCAGCUUGUGACAGAAAUAAAAAUGAUGAAAUUAUAUAUGAUGUCCAGCUUCCUGGAGGUGGGCUUUACGCAUUAACUUUAUUUAAGGACGAAAAGCACUUUUUGACAGGAGGUAAAGAAGGAGUCAUUCGCCAAUAUACCCUAGGCAACAAAGAAUUUAAGUUUGUAAGGGAUUUUCGUGGCCACACCAACAAAAUCAGUGAAAUUAUACUGUCAAAAGAUGAGACGCAACUAUAUAGCUGUAGCGACGAUUCGACAGUCAAGAUUUGGAACAUGGAAACUGGGCAACCAGAAGACAUUUAUACUCAUGGUGACCGCGCUUUAACUAUGGAUUUGUCAAUCGAUGGGAGAUAUUUAGCUACAGGCAGUGCUGAUAAAACAACCAAGAUUUACGAUCUGCAAGAAAGAAAGAUAAUAGGAACUAUUGAAGGAGCAAAAAAUACUAUUUGGUAUGUAAAAUUUAAUAAAAAAUGCACAAAAGUUGCUUCAGGAGAUAAUGAUGGCGUUGGGUAUAUUCACGAAUUUGGAACCUGAAAUAUCCUUCAUACAUUAAAAGGUCAUGAUAAAAGGGUCUCUUGCAUUGAACUGAUUAACAACGACAGGCGCUGUGUAACUGCAAGCAAUGAUACCACAUUAAGAGUUUGGGACUUAGUAAAUAAUUCGAACCCAAUAAUAUGGAAAUGGCAUCUAAAUUGGGUAAAAGCUAUGCUAAUCAGCAGCGAUGAGCUAAACGUUUUCUCAAUAUCAGAAGAUCAUAGAAUUAUAACCUGGAGAGUCCCAGAGUUUGACGAAAAUAGCAUUAGGUUAACAAAUGGGCAUACUAAAGAUAUUUACAACAUUAUUUACUCACAAAAGCGAGGUUUAUUUUUCACGAAUGCAAAUGAUAACUUAGCUAUUGCAUGGGAUUUCAACACAAAAAAGAAAGUUCAUGAAUUUACCCAUAAGGAUGGGGUUUAUGCGAAGUGUUUAACUCAUGAUGAAAAUUAUCUAAUUACUUGUACAGCAGCAAAUGAAGUAAUUUACUGGGAUCUUGAUUCAUACACUCAAUCCUCUCCAGAAGAACCAAACGAAGCAACAAUUAAGGCAAUUUUAGCGACUAAAGAUGGAAAGUAUUUAAUUACAGGUGACACUAUCUGCAGAGUUACCAUAAAAAGCAUAGGAAAUUCAGGGAAAAACACAACUCUAGCUGUUUUUAGAAAGCAUAAAGCAACUAUCUGGUCACUCGCUGUCAACUCUACAUCAACACUUCUUUUUUCAGGCGAUGAAACAGGACUAAUUUACGAAAUAAACCUCAUAGAUGGAAAUGAAAUUUGUAGCUUCAAAGGCCACACGGGCAAAGUAAAAUGCUUGGAAGUGUCUAAAAACGACAGCUUCUUGGUAUCUGGAUCGUGGGAUAAAACGUUCAAAGUUUGAAGUAUCAUAAAACGAAGUUUAAUAAAGAGCGUUACUGUAGAUGAUACUGUUAACACAAUUUAUUUCACAAAUGAUAACAACUAUUUUAUGAUGGCUCAAAAAAACCAAUUUGUUUCUAUAUGAAGUUUAAGAAAUUUUACUUUAGUGACUGAAAUUAAAUACGAUAAAGAUUGCACUGCGCUAGCCCUAACUUCAGAUGAGCAAUAUAUGAUAACAGCCGAACAGGAAAAUAUAUAUAUAACCAAAAAUCCAUUAUCAUCAAGUUCUUUUUGGAUCUAUGGAAAUAGAGAUAUUUAUGAAUUUUUAAUAUACCUCAAAUACAUUAUUAUCGGAGAGCCUAAGCCUUAUAAGCCAGAAAUGAAUAAAUAUUUGAUAGCUCCGGUAAUGAUGAAUAUUGUGCAUGUAUAUAGCUACUUCAAUCUAACCUCCCAUCUAAAAAAAGCAUUACAAGACGAUGCUCCAUUUUUCUCUUCGAAAAAAAAUGUAAGUCCUCUUUCUCUUUGCCUGUCAAAAGAUUAUCCAGAUGCUGCCAGUAUAAUUAUAAACUGGGUCAUUAGCAACUUAAAAACAAACAUUUAUGCCGCAAAAUGCAUAGAAGAUUCUCUCACAACUUUAAAUUUCAAAGGCUACCCAAUUAUAAGUGAGCUUUAUGAGAAUUUUUGGGUGAACACGAAAGAUCAUACUUUGCCAAAAUUCUGCCCAAAAAGUAUUAAAUUUCCAAUAACAAUUUCUUCAAGAAGUAUUGAGCCUUUUUCUGAAAAUUUCUUCAAAGAAAAUGUCAGUGCAAAUGAAGGAAAAUCAGUGAAAUAUUUUAUUUCAACGGUCUGUGUGAAUAUGGCACCUGGAUCAAAAGAAAGCAUUGCAUUUUUAAGAAGUAUAUGAAAAUGCUCCAAUGAAGAAAUUUUUAGAACAAAAUAUGUAAAGAAUUUGCUCCAUUAUAAAUGAAAUCAACUUUGGUGGAUAAAAGUCAUAGAAGCAUCUAUAUACGCUAUUUACAUGGGCUAUUUAAUAGCUUAUGCGAUUAACUUUCCUGGGUAUGGAGCUGAAGCAGUACCACUGUUUAUAAUUAAUCUCGUACUUGUCGGGAUCGUUAUAUAUAGAGUUCUGACUGGCGGAACAGUUGUUUUAGAAAGCGGAUGGGAUUUGAUUGAUUUACUCCGUUUUGCAUGUUUAAUUAUAUAUGUCCUAUUUAUCUGGUUCGAUUGCUGGCAAAGCAACAACAAUUAUCUAUUUACGUUGCUUAUUUUCUUAUCGUUCAUCAGAGGUAUAGAGGCUGCCUUUGAGUAGCGCUCUAAGCGCCCGAGACUUCCCGACGAAGUCUGGGCGGUGGUUUGACCAGCUGAUGUUGGUCAAGCCAGCAUCCAAUUUGACAAACCUUCUGUAGGAGAAGAAUUUAUCAUUUUGGAUGUUGGUUUGACCAACAUCAGCUGGUCAAACCACCGCCCAGACUUCGUCGGGAAGUCUCGGACGCUUAGAGCGCUACUCAAAGGCAGCCUCUAUAUUUCAUAUUUCCGCAUAUUUGAAGAAACCCGAUAUUUAAUUCACCUUAUCCAAGAAGUUUCAUUUGACAUCGGCUCAUUCCUUGUAUUGCUGCUCUACUCCACUCUUUCAUUCGGUGUCAUUUUUUAUACAAUUCAAAACAACUCAGACCUUCACAUAAAGGACUAUCUAACUAUGGCUUAUCGAAUUGAUUUAAAUGAUUUUGACACAAAGGGUUUUAAUUCUUUUGAGUGGGUCAUAUUCGGCUGUGCAACGCUGGUUAACUCAAUUAUUAUGCUGAAUUUAUUAAUCAGCAUCAUGGGUGAUACCUAUGAGAGAGUCAAUGAUGGAAUGAUUGUUGCUGAUGGAAAAGAAUUGGCUAAUUUGAUCAUUGAUUGCGAAUUGCUGCUAAUUUGGAAAAGAAACAAAACGGUAAAAAAAUAUUUGCAAGGAUGCAGAGAAGAAGGAGACAAAGUUGACGAGACGUGGGGAGGCUCGACAAGAGAAAUUAAAGAUAAAGUAACGGUGAUGAAAAAAAUUAUAGAUGAAGGGGAUAGGGCAGCAAUUGAAAAAAUUAAAAAACUGAAUGAUGAAAUAAAGAAGGUUACAGAUGAAAAGCUCAAAGAUGAUGAGACUAAUCUAGGCAAAAUAAUUGAAAUUAUUGAUAAAGGAAGCUCCAAAGUGGAAGAAAUGGAUGAAAAUAUAACAAAGUUGGCUGCAAAGAUUGAAAAGUUGCUGAAAAAGAAUAAUACAAAAUAA